AACUCAAACAAAGCACCCCCGUCGACCAACGCGUCCUGCUAACCAUGUUUUCGAUUCUGCCGCGCCUCUCGCGGACGCUGGCGUUCUCUGCGCCGGUAUUCAGGGCGCCGACGCGUCGGACGCUGCUCACGACCGCGGUGCGCUUCGAGCCCGCAACGGCGAAGGCGAAGGCGACGCGUGCACCGAGAGCCAAGGCCGCCGACUCUGGCGUGAAGAAGACCGCCACGAAAGCGAAACCGAAAGCGAAACCGAAGACUAAGACCACAACCCAGGCCAAGGCAAAGGCAAAGGCUCCUCCAAAGGCGAAGGCUAAGCCGAAGGUGAAGAAAGUCAAGACGGACAAGCCUCGACUCACACAGGAGGACCUCCCCCCGAAAAAGCCCCCGCCUCCCUAUGUCAUCUUCUACAGCCGCUACCUCAAUGGCCUGCCGCAGCCCAUACGGGGGCCGUCGGCGGUCCUCCAGGCCGCGCGCACCGCUUCGGGAAUCUGGAAGGAGAUGAGCGAGCACGAGAAACAGGCGUUCAGCGACGAGUACCGGAGCCUCCUGCCCGAAUAUGAGAAAGCGAGGGAGGCGUACUGGACGAAGGUCGACCCCGCGGUGGUGCGGCGCAUCAAUAAGGAGAAGGCAAAAGACGGCAAGCGCCGCCUGCGCAGCCCAGUCUCCCGGAGGGUGCCCAACCCGUAUGCGCUGUUCGUGAAGGAGAAUGCGGCGGAGAUUAGAGCGGGGUUGGAUUCGAACUCUCUGACCCCGCGCCAGAUGGUGGGGGCGACCGGGAAGGAGGCGGCGCAGCGGUGGAAGGCGCUCUCGGAGGAAGAGAAGAAGCGAUAUGUUGACGAGGCGAAGGCUAAACGAGAAGCUGCCGACGCGUCAUAA